GGCAGGAAGGGGGGAACUGUGGUCAGGGAGCUGCUCGCUGGCAGAGCACAGCUGCGCAGUGCUGUCAGAGCGUCCGAUUCCCAGCUCACGGCCACUCAGCCCCUGCCCAAGAUGAUUCCAGCAGUGGUCUUCCUCUUACUCCUUUUGGUUGAACAAGCAGCGGCCCUGGGAGAACCCCAGCUUUGCUAUAUCCUGGAUGCAAUCCUGUUUUUGUAUGGUAUUGUCCUCACCCUGCUCUACUGCCGACUCAAGCUCCAGGUGCGAAAAGCAGCUAUAGCCAGCUAUGAGAAAUCAGAUGGUGUUUACACGGGCCUGAGCACCCGGCACCAGGAGACUUAUGAGACCCUGAAGCAUGAGAAACCACCACAAUAACCUUAGAACAGAUGCCCUUGGACACAUCCUUCUUCCACUCUCCUCCCAGCCCUCAUGGUUGGCAGCUGACCCUAUCCCUGUAAUGACCCUAUACCCCCACCCCUCAUUAAUAGACACCUCUCUGUCAAAGACCUCAGAUGCUCUUCAUCAAUGUUUAUAUUCUAGUCUCACCCACUUACACCACCCUUCCCCUCUUCUCCAUUUCAACUCCCACUAAACAAUGGAAAGGAACUGUCAUCAAUAAAGCCACCACAGACUGGA